AUGUAUGCUGGAUGUGUCAUGACAAGGAGGGCGCGCGCGACCGCGCGCGACCUCCUAAACACAGAUAUUCUGGACAUGUAUGGGAUGGAGGGCGCGCGCGAUCGCGCGCGCCCUCCUACCGAGGUGUAUUUGGGCAUGCAUAGCAUGUCCCUUCCCUUUGAUCCACAGACCAUCUGUGUGCGCCAGCGCUGGCCAGUCACCAUGGACCGUCCAGCAUGGUCUGACCGGAUUCGUGUCGUCCUCGAAGCUGCUGUGCUCGUCCGGCUGAUCCACAAACACACGGAGCAAUUCGUGCAAUCGCACGUUCCCGUCGGUCCCGCAUACGUCCCGCUCACCAUCUACGAGAUCUACCAAAAAUGGCACGAGCACAUGAAGGAGUGGCUCCGCAUCAUAUGCGUCCGUACAAUCACCGACCCGCAACCCCUCAACAUGCUCUAUGUACGCUCAGAGAUCGAUCGACUCGAAGCGGUCAUGAUCGCAUUGGCCAACUUCAUCACCCCCUUGUACAGGCACUGGAGCACCCCCAGAUUGCCCGAAUCAUUGCGCAUCCACACUCAUGAUCGUGAUGAAUGGACGCACAUCGCGCGGUCCACUAUCAGUCUCAUGUGCUUGGUGAGGGAGACUGUUGAUUACUGGCACAAAAUACUGGACAAGAAUUAUGGCAUGUACCACACCUUUAUUACAUCGGUAGCUACUCACCCUCCAUUGCUACAGUCGAUGCAGGCAUACUCUGGCAGGAUCCACCCAUCAAGCGGAUCCUGUACAACCAUCAUGCCAAACACGCCAUUGACCUCGAUACCGCCGCGCAAGAGCGCAACACACUUGUUGGCUCAUCAGGAAAAACCCACUUGGCUUGGCAAGAUUGGGUGA